AUGGAUUCAACACAUCCACCCGUUGCAACUUCAGCGCAUCCGACAAGCAUGAAAGCCUGGCUCUACAAUGGUACUAGCGGAGGCCUGGAAAAGAACAUGCAUCUCGAAUAUUCCGCUCGCGCACCACCAGUUCCACGUGCGAACGAAGUCCUCAUCCAGGUCCUUUCGGCCGGUCUCAACCCAGCCGAUUUCAAAGUCCCCGAAAUGGGAAUUGCUGCUCGUCGUCUGGUUAUUGGAAUGCCCGCCACCCCUGGCAUGGACUUCUGCGGGCGAGUGGUAAGCACCGGACCUAGCGCCACGCACUUCCCCGAGGGCCAGCUCGUCUACGGAUGUCAUAGUCGGCCCGUGCAGUUUGGCUCGCUGGGCGAGUAUCUGUUGGUGCCUGCCACUUUUGUUCGAGCCCUUCCUGACAAUCUGGGGGCUGAUCAGAUUGCCGGAAUCGGUAUUGCAGGACAAUCAGCAUACCAGUCUCUUCACGGCUACGUGAAACAAGGAGACAAGGUCUUUAUCAACGGUGGCUCGGGGGGCUGUGGAUUGUAUGCCAUCCAAAUUGCGAAGCAUAUGGGCUGCCAUGUUACUGUGACAUGCUCGACGAAGAAUGUUGAAUUAUGCUACCGGAUGGGUGCCGACGAUGUCAUCGACUACACUGCCGAGGAAGACCUCGUCGCGGGGCUGCAGCGCCGGGGAGUGGUUUAUGAUCAUGUGCUGGAUCAUAUCGGACUUCCAUCUCCACUAUAUUACCAAUCGCAUCAUUUCCUGAAACCUGAUGGUGUGUUUGUCCAGGUGGGUGCGUCGUCAAUAUUUACAUUUGCUGGGCGUGUAGGCUGGCCAUCGCUACUUGGUGGUGGGAAAAGAAAAUAUGUGAUCUUUUUCUUCAAGAAUACCGGGGAACAUCUCGCCAAGCUUGGGAAGAUGAUGGAAGAAGGAAGUCUAAAAACACAGGUGGAUAGCACAUACGAGUUUGAAGAUGCUGUCCAGGCCUUCGAGCGACUACGCUCGGGGCGUGCGAGAGGAAAGAUCAUCGUUCAUGUGGCCAAGCCGAAGGCCCAUUGGUCUCAAGAAGUGGGAUUGUUUUGA